UUUUGUUUACAACAUUUACCGCGGGACAGUGUCAUGGCCGCGCACAUGGCUUCAAGACAAACCAUGAGCGUGCCGUUGAAAAUACAUCGUUUUCUCAAGUUAGGGAACUUUACAAAUUUAUCUCCUCCACAAAAUGUCCAAGGUAUGACAUUUUCACGGCUGUUCUGUAGCCAAAGCCAGCAACCUACCGCCACAUCAAAACAGAAGAUUGAAGAAAAGAAAGAUCCAAGUCUCAAAUAUGUCCAGCAGUUCAAUCCAGAGCUAGUCAAGCAACUCAGUGCACAAGUUGAAAGUGACAUGCCUCUGCGUCGGAUGCCAGAUCCUUUUGAAAAGAAAUAUAGAAAAUGUCUGCUGUGUGAGAAGGAUGUAGAUCUGGAUUGGAAGAAUGUGCGUCUUUUGAGUCAGUUUGUGUCGCCCUUCACAGGACGAAUAUAUGGCCGCCACAUUACUCAGCUGUGCAUUCCUAUGCAGAAAAGGGUGGCCAGACUAAUUAAACGGGCUCGAGUGCUAGGUUAUAUGGCCUACAUGAAUAAAGACCCUCAAUAUCUGAAUGACCCCAGGCUGUUCAACCCACUUCAUCGACGUAACAAAUAGAUAGCCAGUCAACCACGGGCUUCACCAGAAUAUCCGUUUGUGUGUGUGUUUGUGUGUGUGUGUCUGUACCCAGAGAGAUGUGUAUAUAUGUAGUUGUUGCUAUUAAACAAUUCUAUGGA